UCAACGACAACAGUGAUAACGGCUGGAUUUUUGAAAAACUUCAUUGUCAGCGGUCAAGAAAUACCAACGAUUUAUUUCUACUAGCUAGCUAACUUAACGUUACUUGGAAAACAGAAACCGCACUAACAGUAGGCCGAUGGGCAUCUUUAAUUGUAUCGGUGACUGAGUUUUGGUGAGAGCAAAAAAAUGAUAUUGCAAAGUUAACAAGAGGUAAGAUACAGCUAAGCCAACAGCGAAGGUGGUGAUAUUGCCAGAGCUCUUUAUGAUGGAUGCAUAUGAUUCAAAUGCAAACAAGCAUGAAUCUCAGGCCAAAUACAAGCAGGCAAGAGAAGAGCGAAAGAUGCUCCUCACCACUGCACACAACUAUAUGAUUGACAUUCUGGCUGACAGGCUGACCUUGGAGCCAACAGCAGUAGAGGGAUUUAUUUUAGAUUCUUCAUCUCUGACUGCUUUUGAUAAUUUCUUCGCCAAAGGAGGUUGUAAAACCAUUUCCUUUGUGUAUCAAGAGUGUGAAGUAUGUAUGACAGAAUGUGGACGCUCAUAUCCUGGGACUACCAAAGGGGGAAAAAUAUUGAGGCUGUUUUUAGCCAAUCUGUCUCAGACAUGUCUGACAGGCAUUUACUGCUCUUUCACACGGACCAGAAGGGUGCUGGAUGCCAAGAUAACAGAUCGCACCAAUGAAGCAAAAGACAAUGUAAAAUUCCUUUACACACUGGAGAAAGUCUGUCAACCUCUUUACAACAGUGACCCGGUCACUAUGAUGAAAAGUGUGCAGAACGUCAUCAAUGCCAUUCAAAUGAUUUACAACGUUUCACUGUCCUACAAUACCAGUCAAAAGAUAUCUUCACUGUUCAUCAAAGUGACAAAUCAGAUGGUUACUGCGUGCAGAUCAUAUAUUACUGAAAAUGGCACAUGUCUAAUAUGGGACCAAGACGCUGAUACCAUUGUCAAGAAAAUGCAGGACUGUAUCUGCUUAUAUCAGGAGUAUCAGUCUUGCUUCCAGAAAACAAAGAAACAAACAAUGGAAAGACCUGGAAAGAGGUCCUUUGAGGUUUCAGAGAUGCAGAUUUUUGGCAAGUUUGAGGCCUUCUGUAAGCAACUCGUAAAGAUCAAACAAAUAAUUACAGUGUUCAAGAUGUUCGGAUCUCUUGGAAAAUCAAAUAUUGAGGGCAUUGAGAUUCUGGCCAGACAAUUCCACACUGUAUCCAUGAAUCUGAAAAGGAAGCAGUAUGAUAUGUUGGCUCCAAGGACAGUUGAAUUCGAAACAGAUUUUGCUAAGUUUAUGGCUCAAAUCGGCCACAUUGAGAACCAGCUCCGGACCUUUAUGAGUUCAUGCUUCUCAAAUAUCAUCUCAUCUCAGCAAGCUCUGUCCUUAAUACAGCGUUUUCAGAAGCUGAACAUUCCCUGUCUUGACACAGAAAUUUCCAACCUUUUGGGUCUAAUUCUUCAACGUUAUGCCUCAGAAGUAGAGUUUGUGAAAAAGCUAUUUGACAAACAAAGAGAUGACCCCCCAUUAGCAAGAAACAUGCCUCCUGUGGCAGGAAGGAUUGGUUGGGUCAAGCACCUCUACAAAAAAAUAGAGGAACCCAUCUCAUACAUAAAAAAAAACUCGGACAUCUUGUGCAGCUCUGAGGGACAAGAUGUGGUCAAAAUGUACAAUCAAACUGCAGCUGCGUUUGUCAAGUUUGAAUCUGUUUGCCACAAAGCGUGGAUGAUUGAAGUGUCGAAACUAGAUUAUGUCUUGAAUAUUACUCUGCUGGUUCGUCACCCAAGGACUGGAAAAUAUGUUGUCAACUUUGAUCCUAAAGUAACUGAGGUCAUUCGGGAGGCUAAGUGUUUGUUAAAGAUGGGUCUGGACGUUCCAAAGCAGGCGUUGCAUCUGGUCAAGUUGGAAAGCAAAAUAAACACCGAUCACCUUCGACUACAGACCAUUUUGGCAGAUUAUGAGUCUACUUGUGAGAACAUUCCUGCGGACUUUGCCAGCCUGAUGGCUUCAAAAAUAAAAAAUGUGGAAUCUGUGCUUCGCCAAGGGUCGGUGCUGCUCACUUGGUCAUCCUUCCUCCUGGACAAGUUCUUCCAAAAUGUUGACACUGCUUUGUUUGAGCUCAAACAUCUUGUAAAGAAGUUGCAGGAUAUCUGUAAGAUACACAUUGAUGAUGUCCUUAAAGACUUCUCAGAAACUGUGCUGAUUGAGCUCCCUGAAAGUGAUGCGUCUUCAGUGCAGCACCUGAUUGACCGCAAUGAGAAUCAAUGUAAGGAGUGGGCAAACACAUUGGACUACAAAUGUAAUCGUGUUAGAGAAGCAGUGAAGGAGCUGGGUAAUGUGUUCAGUGCCAUAUAUGAAUCAAAAGGCACCAAGAAGACGGUUGAGGAGCCAGUUUCAGGACGCCAGAGUGUGACUUUCUCAGGAGAGAGCCAGAAGACCCUUAAUGAGGAUGAGGGAAUGAAUUUAGAAGGUCCAUAUAGAGAUAAAGCAAUCGAAUUUGAGAAGGAGUUUAAGAAGCUUUAUGAAUACUUCAGUGCAAGGGUAUUAGAUGCACUGGUCAAGACAACCAAGCUAUCUCUGGAGACCCUGAAAAGGAGAAUUUCUGGCACUAUCUCGACAUCAAUAAAUGGGAAUUUUAGUACCUACCAGAAGUCAAAGUCUGAAACUAAGAUGGUCCCGCUUAUAAAAUGUGAAGUCCAGCUGGUUAUACCCAACGUGGUAAUGAUUCCCACUGAACAUGAGAUCCAACAGGCCAUAAAUCGACUAAUUGACUUGGUGUUGGAAAUUAGCAAGGGCAUUGCAUGGCAGUGGGAGUACAGUCAAAGUUGUACAAAUAACAAAGGCGUAGAAAAAGAGAAUUUCUAUCACAGAGUUGUUGAACACAAGGACAUCAAAAAAGCUCUGGUCAUUCUUAAAUAUGAGGUCAGCUCCCAGAGAGGACAAGCAACUGAUGUUCUGAAGCAGUUCAAUCCUUUCAGGGGGAUCUGGGAUGAGGACAGGAACCUUAAAGUCAAGGAAUUCAUGGACAGCAAUCCAUCUUUGAUCCAGAUCAAAUCUGAAAUCCAGCACUACGACUCAAUUGAACAAGAAGUUGGUGAUAUUAAACCCAUCAUUGUUUUGGGGUCUAGUGAAUUGUCAACAGAGCCAUUGAAGAAGGCCUUGAUAGCUGAGACCAAAGCCUGGAAGAAACUGUUGUGCAAGUACCUAAAGGAGAAGUACAAAAAGAAAAUGAUUGACAUCAGCAUACAUACCAAUAAAUACCUCAUACAACUAUCUCAUCCUGUGGCUAAUCUGGAAGAUGUGCGUCGUGCCAUGGUGGCCCUGUCUAAGCUUCGAGAUGCUGAAAUACAAACUGAUACGACAUUGAUUUCCAUUGACGAAGCGUUUGAAAUUUUGACUAAAUAUGAAGCAGAGGUGACUAAAAGAGAAGCAGAGGGGGUCUACAAUCUGAGGCAUUUCUUCACAAAGCUUCAGUCUAAAGCAAGAUCAGUGCAAGAUGAUCUUGUUCGUAUGCAGCCCAAGUUCAAACAAAACCUUCUAGAGUGUGUGGCCAUUUUCCAAAAUAACGUUGGCACCUUUGUGAAACAAUAUGAUUCAGAAGGCCCUAUGGCUGAUGGAAUCGCCCCCCAAGAAGCCAGCCGCAGGCUCCAGAUCUGUCAGACUCGAUUUGAAGAACUGUGGAGAAAUUUCACAACAUAUACCUCUGGAGAGCAGCUUCUUGGCUUGCCAGUUACAGAUUAUGACUGCCUGCAAAAGAAAAAAAAAGAGCUUGAUCUGCUACAGAAACUCUAUGGCCUGUAUGAUGCAGUGAUGAGUAAGAUUAGAGGGUACUUUGGCAUCCUGUGGACAGAUGUGGAUAUUGAGAAGAUCAAUGCAGAACUUUUGGCAUUUCAGAACAAGUGCCGAAAGCUGCCCAAAGGAUUGAAGGACUGGCAAGCCUUCCAAAACCUGAAGAAGACAAUUGAUGAUUUCAGUGAGUCAUGCCCUCUGCUUGAGAUGAUGGCAAACAAGUCUAUGAUGAGGAGACACUGGGACCGGAUUACAGACCUGACUGGGCACCAAUUUGAGGUGGAGUCUGAUACCUUUACACUGCAGAACAUCAUGGAAGCACCUCUGUUGAAGUACAAGGACGAUACGAAGGACAUCUGCAUAUCAUCUGUGAAGGAGAAGGAUAUUGAGGCCAAGUUGUCUCAAGUGAAAGAAGUGUGGUCCGGCCAGAUCCUGAACUUGAUGACAUUUAAGGAUAGAGGAGAACUGAUGCUGAAGGGGGCAGAUACAGUAGAGAUCCUCACCAUGCUGGAGGAUAGUAUGAUGGUGUUGGGGUCACUGCUGAGCAACAGGUACAGUGCUUUCUAUAAAGCAGAGAUCCAGGACUGGGUAACAAAGCUUUCAACAUCAACUGAUGUCAUUGAACAGUGGGUUAUUGUGCAAAACCUGUGGAUUUAUUUGGAGGCUGUGUUUGUUGGGGGUGACAUCGCCAAAGACCUGCCACAGGAAGCAAAGCGUUUUCAGAACAUUGACAAGUCCUGGAUUACGAUCAUGCAGCGAGCCCAAAAAGUCCCAAAUGUGGUGGAAUGCUGUGUGGGUGAUCCAAUUCUGGGACAGCUACUACCAGAUCUUCAGAAACAGCUGGAGUUCUGUCAAAAAUCUCUCGCAGGGUACCUGGAGAAAAAGAGGCUCCUCUUUCCACGGUUCUUCUUUGUGUCUGAUCCGGGCCUUUUGGAAAUCCUCGGGCAAGCCAGUGAUUCUCACACAAUUCAGUCACAUCUUCUUGGAGUGUUUGACAAUGUUAAUGAAGUGGAGUUUCAUUCAACUGAGUAUGACAAGAUGUUGGCUGUUAAUUUACAAGAGGGAGAGAAACUACCGCUGGACAGUCCUUUCAUGGCACAGGGACCAGUAGAGCUCUGGCUCGGGGAGCUGUUGUUACAACAGCAGGCUUCAUUACACUCUGUUAUCAAGGCUUCAGAUCUAGAGAUCAACGAUGAAGACUUUGAUCUUCUCUCUUUCCUCAACAAGUUUCAAGCACAGGUCAGAAGACUGAAGUGAAUUUUUUUAUAUUAUGUUGACAGUUGUCAUGCUAGUGGGCUUGUUGGGAAUGACAGGGAGAUAAUGCCUCUUACCAAAAAGAAAUUCCUAAAUCUACUCAGCGCACUUAUUAAACAAACCACCUGUGACCUGACCAAAUUUGACAGAGUCAAAUAUGAGACGCUUGUCACAAUCCAUGUACACCAGAGUGAUAUAUUUAACGACCUAGUAAAAAAGCGUAUAAAAUCUGUCAGUGACUUUGAAUGGCUGAAGCAGAGCAGAUUUUACUUCAAGGAGGACCUGGAUAAGGUCCUUGUGUCUAUUACUAAUGUGGACUUCAUUUAUCAGAAUUAGUUCCUAGGCUGUACCGACCGUCUGGUCAUCACCCCUCUAACAGACAGGUGUUAUAUCACACUGUCCCAGGCUCUGGGCAUGAGCCUGGGAGGAGCUCCUGCAGGGCCAGCCGGCACUGGGAAGACUGAAACCACUAAAGACAUGGGUCGCUGCCUCGGCAAGUAUGUGGUGGUGUUCAACUGCUCGGACCAAAUGGACUUUAGAGGACUUGGCAGGAUAUACAAAGGCCUUGCACAGUCAGGGUCAUGGGGCUGCUUUGAUGAGUUCAACAGAAUCGACCUGCCAGUGCUUUCUGUUGCUGCUCAGCAGAUCUACAUUGUUCUGAUGGCACGCAAGAAACAUAAAAGCAGUUUCAUCUUUACUGAUGGAGACUGUGUUACACUGAAUCCAGAGUUUGGCCUGUUUAUCACUAUGAACCCUGGGUAUGCAGGUCGUCAGGAACUUCCUGAAAACCUAAAAGUGCAAUUCAGAAGGGUGUCAAUGAUGGUACCAGACCGGCAGAUCAUCAUGAGAGUCAAACUAGCCAGUUGUGGGUUCAAUGACAAUGUCGUCUUAGCCCAGAAGUUCUUUGUCCUUUAUAAACUGUGUGAAGAACAACUUACAAAACAGGUCCACUAUGACUUUGGCCUGAGGAACAUCCUGUCUGUGUUAAGAACACUGGGGGCCAAUAAAAGAGCACGGCCUGAUGACACAGAGUCCAGAAUUGUCAUGAGAGUGCUGCGUGACAUGAAUCUUUCUAAACUGGUAUGACAGGAACUCAAUACUGUGUAUGUGAAUCUUUCUGUAUGUUUCAGGUGGAUGAGGAGCACAUAUGUUGAACUUCAAGCAGCUGUUGCCCAUCAAGUUGAGCUUGCUGGUAUUGUCAACCACCCACCAUGGAACCUCAAGCUGGUUCAGCUUUAUGAGUCUUCACGAGUACGCCAUGGCCUGAUGACUUUGGGCCCAAGUGGAGCUGGGAAGACCAUAGUCAUCAACCUGCUCAUGCGAGCUUUGAGUGAAUGUGGAGCCCCAACCAGGGAGUUACGCAUGAACCCCAAAGCGAUCACUGCACCACAGAUGUUUGGUCGUCUUGAUGCAGCCACCAGUGAUUGGACUGAUGGGAUCUUUUCCACUCUGUGGAGAAGGACAAUUAAAGCCAAGAAAGGGGAGUUCAUAUGGAUUGUGCUGGAUGGACCUGUGGACGCCAUAUGGACUGAGAACCUCAACUCUGUGCUGGAUGAUAACAAAACACUGACCCUGGCUAAUGGUGACCGCAUCACUAUGUCUCCAUCCUGCAAGCUGGUGUUUGAGGUGCACAACAUGGAUAAUGCUUCCCCUGCUACUGUGUCCAGGGUGGGUAUGGUCUUCAUGAGCUCCUCGGCUCUUAGCUGGAAACCCAUACUCCAGGGAUGGGCUAACAAACGCAAAGCAAAAGAGGCAGAAAGCAUUAUGCAUUUAUACGACAAGAUAUUUGAAGACGCUUACUUAAAUAUGAAGCAAACCCUUAAACCCAAAAUGGUGCUUUUGGAAUGCAACUAUAUAAUGCAGUCUGUGAAUCUGCUGGAAGGCCUUAUCCCAACCAAGGAGACAGGGGGCUUGGCUGGAAGCAAACACCUUGAACGCCUCUUUGUCUUCUGCCUGAUGUGGAGCCUGGGAGCCCUUUUGGAGUUAGGGGAUAGAGAAAAACUGGAGCAUUACAUCAGAGCUCAUGGCAGUGGCAUUGAUGUACCUCAAACACAGCCAGGAGAGACAAUGUUUGAGUACAUGGUCAACCCAAACGGUGAAUGGUGUCAUUGGAAUAACCAUGUGGGGGAGUAUGUCUAUCCUACUGAUCAUGUGCCAGACUACGCCUCCAUUCUUGUUCCAAAUGUUGAUAACACAAGAACCUCUUUCCUGCUCGAGACCAUUGCCAAACAACGCAAGGCCGUUCUGCUCAUUGGUGAACAAGGGACAGCAAAGACUGUGAUGAUAAAAAGCUACACAAAAAAAUAUGAUCCUGAAACAGACCUGUCCAAGUCCCUAAACUUCUCAUCUGCAACAGAACCCAUCAUGUUUCAGCGAACAGUGGAGAGCUACAUUGAGAAAAGGAUUGGCAGCACCUAUGGACCCCCAGGGGGACGCAGGAUGACAGUCUUCAUUGAUGAUAUCAACAUGCCUAUUGUCAAUGAAUGGGGAGAUCAGAUCACCAAUGAGAUAGUACGCCAGAUGAUGGAAAUGAACGGCAUGUACAACCUAGGCAAACCAGGAGACUUCACCACUAUUGUGGACGUACAAGUUCUGGCUGCCAUGAUUCAUCCUGGUGGUGGCAGAAACGACAUCCCACAAAGACUGAAAAGACAGUUCACAGUCUUCAACUGUACUCUGCCGUCCAACACCUCCAUUGAUAAGAUCUUUGGUGUCAUUGGCUGUGGAUAUUUCCAUACAUGCAGGAAAUUCAAGCUUGAGAUUUCAGACAUGGUGAAGUGUCUUGUGUCUGCUGGAAGGAUUGUAUGGCAGUGGACAAAGGCAAAAAUGCUUCCUACACCAGCCAAGUUCCACUACAUCUUCAAUUUGAGAGACUUGUCCAGGAUCUGGCAAGGAAUGUUAAACAUUAAGGCCGAAGAAUGUAAUGAUAUCUCCACUCUCUUGGCUCUUUUCAAGAGUGAAUGUAUGCGGGUCAUUGCUGACAGGUUUAUUUGCUCUGAGGACCGAGAGUGGUUUGAGAAGGCUGUGUCUCGCGUGAUUCAAGAGCAUGUUGACCCCAGCCUUGUCGCAGAACUUCAUCCUGAGCCCUACUUUGUGGACUUCCUGCGAGAUGCUCCCGAGCCCACUGGAGAAGAAGAUGAAAAUGCCUGUUUUGAUGCCCCCAAAAUCUAUGAACUGGUGCCAAAUUUUGAGUUCUUAUCAGAAAAGCUGAUGAUGUAUCAGACCCAGCGCAAUGAGAUCGUAAGAGGCUCCAGCCUAGAUCUCGUAUUCUUCACGGAUGCCAUGACUCAUCUAGUCAAGAUCUCCCGAAUCAUUCGAACUGACAAUGGUAAUGCCCUGCUUGUUGAAGUGGGAGGAUCAGGGAAACAGAGCCUGACUCGCCUGGCCUCAUACAUAGCUGGAUACAGCAUCUUCCAGAUCACAUUGACAAGAACAUACAACAUAAGUAAUUUCAUGGAUGACCUGAAACUGUUAUAUAAAACAGCUGGGGCUCAGGGAAAAGUCAUCACCUUCAUCUUUACGGACAAUGAAGUAAAAGAUGAAGCCUUUCUCGAGUACCUCAACAAUGUUCUUUCUUCUGGAGAGGUCUCCAACCUUUUUGCUAAAGAUGAGAUUGAAGAGAUAACCCAGAACCUGCUCUCUGUAAUGAAAAAGGAGUUUCCUCGUGUACCACCAACCUUUGACAAUCUUUAUGACUACUUCAUAUCCCGGUCCAGAAAGAAUCUGCAUGUAGUUCUUUGCUUUUCACCGGUGGGGCAGAAGUUUGGCUCCAGAUCCCUGAAGUUUCCAGGGUUAAUUUCUGGCUGCACCAUGGACUGGUUCACCCCUUGGCCCAAUGAUGCUUUGGUGGGUGUAUCUAACUGUUUCUUGUCAGAGUUUCGAAUAGUUUGCUCUGCUGAUGUCAAGGCUUCUGUGGUGACCACCAUGGGUACAUAUCAUGACAAAGUAUCCGUUGCCUGUGACAGCUACUUUGAAAGGUUUCGAAGAAGAACUCAUGUCACCCCUAAGUCAUACCUCUCUUUUGUGAAUGGUUACAAAACACUAUACACUGAAAAGUACAACUAUAUCAACACACUAGCAGAGCGCAUGAAUGUUGGGUUGAACAAACUGGUGGAGGCAAGUAAGUCUGUGGCUCAACUAUCCAAAGUUCUUGAGGUCAAGGAAAAAGAGCUGGCUAUAGCAUCUGUCAAAGCUGACAAGGUGGUGACAGAGGUGACAGUCAGUGCUGAAGCUGCUACCAUUGUAAAGAAUGAGGUCCAGGUUGUGAAGGAUAGAGCCCAGAAAAUUGUGGAUGGAAUUGAGAAAGAGAAAGCUUUUGCAAUGGAAAAACUGGAGGCUGCCAAGCCAGCUUUAGAAGAGGCUAAAGCUGCACUAAAUACCAUCAAGCCUGCUGACAUUGCCACUGUGAGGAAAUUAGCCAAGCCUCCACAUCUGAUCAUGAGGAUUAUGGACGCCUGCCUGGUGUUAUUCCAAAGGAAGUUGGACACAGUCUCUAUUGAUCCAGAACGACAUUGUCUUAAGCCAUCAUGGUCAGAAGCACUGAAGCUCAUUAGUGCUACUGGUUUUUUGACAAACCUCCAGCAGUUCCAAAAGGACAAAAUUAAUGAGGAAACGGUAGAACUGCUGCAGCCUUACUUUGAAAUGGAGGAUUACACAAUGGAAAAUGCCAAGAAAGUGUGUGGUAAUGUAGCUGGUUUGCUAGGAUGGACCAAGGCUAUGUCCACAUUCUUUGGCAUCAACAAAGAAGUACUCCCACUCAAGGCUAACCUGGCCAUUCAGGCAAACCGGCUAAGAGUGGCUAAUAAUGAGCUAGGCAGGGCUGAGGCUCAACUGGCUGAGAAGCAAGCAGAGUUUGACAAAGUCAAGGCCAAAUGUGAUGCUGCUAUGAAAGAGAAACGGGACUUGUUGGCUGAUGCUAAAAUGUGUAGGGAUAAAAUGCAGGCUGCAUCUACACUUAUUGACGGACUUAGUGGAGAGAAAAUUCGUUGGAUAGAGCAAAGCAAAGAAUUUAAAUCACAGAUCAACAGACUUGUGGGGGACGUGCUGCAGCUCACUGGCUUCUUGUCUUACUGUGGGCCCUUCAACCAGAGUUUCCGUGAAAUGUUGUUGAAGGACAUCUGGCAGAAAGAGCUCAGAAAACAUAAAAUCCCUUUCACAGAAAACCUCAACCUAAUUUCUUCCCUAGUGGACCCUCCCACUGUAAGAACAACAUGCUUCUGUUGACUCCCAGGAGAUGACUUGUCUGUGCAGAAUGGCAUCAUUGUCACAAAAGCAACAAGAUAUCCCCUCCUCAUCGAUCCCCAGACUCAGGGCAAGGCUUGGAUUAAGCAAAAAGAAAAGGCUAAUGCACUCCAAGUGACAUCACUCAACCACAAGUUCUUUCGCUCUCAAUUGGAAGACUUGCUUAUUGAAAAUGUAUGUGAGGAGCUAGAUCCUGCCCUUGACAAUGUCCUUGAGAAAAACUUUAUUAAAUCUGGGACCAGUUUCAAGGUUAAAGUGGGAGAUAAAGAGGUAAAUGUGAUGGAUGGUUUCCAGCUCUAUAUAACCACCAAACUGCCAAAUCCAGCAUACACCCCAGAAGUCAGCGCCAAGACAUCCAUCAUUGAUUUCACUGUAAACAUGAAGGGCCUGGAGAACCAGCUACUUGGUCGUGUCAUCCUCAGACAGAAAAAUGAACUAGAAGCAGAACGAUUGAAGCUAAUUGAGGAUGUAACUGCCAAUAAGAGAAAGAUGCAGGAGUUGGAAGACAACUUGCUGUACAAACUCAGCAGCACAAAAGGUUCCUUGGUUGAUGAUGACUCUAUGAUCGGCAUUCUGAGUACAACUAAGGAAACUGCCGCUGAAGUUAGUGCAAAGCUCAGUGUUGCAGCAGAUGCAGAGGUGAAGAUCAAUAUAGCUCAAGCGGAAUAUCGUCCUGUUGCCUCGCGAGGCAGCAGCCUUUACUUCCUUAUCACAGAGAUGAGCAUGGUUAAUUUCAUGUACCAGACGUCCCUGGGUCAGUUCCUCAAAGUGUUUGACCUGUCACUAGAAAGGUCUGAGAAGUCUUCUAAAACUCAGAAGCGAAUUGCAAACAUCAUUGACUGUCUGUCCUAUGAGGUGUUCAGGUACACAGUGAGAGGCCUAUAUGAAAACCACAAGUUCAUCUUCACACUCUUGAUGGCUCUUAAGAUUGACUUACAGAAUAACAAAAUAAAGCAUGACAAAUUUCAGAUACUUAUCAAAGGUGGCGCAGCUCUUGACCUGAAGACCUGCCCCACAAAGCCAUUUAGUUGGAUCCUGGAUAUGAUAUGGCUAAAUGUAGUGGAACUUGGCAAAUUGCCACAGUUCACUAACAUCAUAACCCAGGUAUCUCAACAUGGAAAACUCUGGAAAGCAUGGCUCAAUCUUGAUGCCCCAGAGGAAGGUGUCAUCCCUGAUGGAUACAACUCCCUUGAUGUCUUCCUUAAACUUUUGCUAAUAAGGUCUUGGUGCCCAGACCGUACCUUGUCUCAGGCCAGGAAGUAUGUAGGAAAAUCUUUGGGCAUGAGGUUUGCUGAGCCGAUCAUCUUGAACCUUCAAAGCACAUGGGAGGAGAGUGACCCUCGCACCCCACUAAUUUGCUUCCUUUCUAUGGGCUCAGAUCCUACUGACCAAAUUGAAGCACUUUCUAAGAAACUUGAACUUGAAUGUAGAGCUAUAUCCAUGGGGCAAGGACAGGUGCAUGCAAGGAAGCUUGUUCAGACAUCAAUGACGCAUGGAGGCUGGGUCCUUCUGCAAAAUUGUCACCUGGGCCUGGAGUUUAUGGAUGAGUUGCUAGACACUAUCACAACUGCAGAGACCAUGCAUGAUACUUUCAGGGUGUGGAUCACCACAGAACCACACGAUCAGUUCUCCAUCACACUUCUACAGUCCUCCAUCAAGUUUACCAACGAUCCACCCCAGGGAGUGCGUGCUGGCUUGAAACGAACAUUUGCAGGAAUUUCACAGAACCCUGAAGUCAGCAACCUGCCCAUGUGGAAGCCCAUGCUGUACAGUGUGGCCUUUCUCCACACUGCUGUGCAGGAACGACGCAAAUUUGGACCAUUGGGUUGGAACAUACCAUAUGAGUUCAACUCUGCUGAUUUCACUGCAAGUGUUGAAUUCGUUGAGAGACACUUGGAUGAUUGCGGCCCCAGGAAGGAUGUGUCCUGGAUAACUGUGCGAUACAUGCUAGCUGAGGUGCAAUAUGGAGGAAGGGUUACAGAUGACUAUGACAAACGCCUACUCAAUUGUUUCUCACGUGUGUGGUUCAGUAAGAAGAUGUUUGACCCCUCAUUCUGCUUCUACACAGGUUACAAAAUUCCAGUGUGCAAGACAGUAGAAGAGUACAUGGAAUGUAUUCAGAGCUUGCCCACUGUGGAUUCGCCCCAGGCGUUGGGGCUGCAUCCUAAUGCUGAUAUCACGUAUCAGACGAACACAUCUGCUGAAGUUCUCGACACAAUCACGAAUAUCCAGCCCAAGGAAAGCGCAGGGGCAUCAGGAGUGACUCGGGAGUCUAUUGUUCACAACAUGGCGCAGGACAUGUUGGGGAAACUGCCCCCUAAUUAUGUGCCACAUGAGGUCAAAGCCAGGCUGUUGAAGAUGGGAGCUCUGAACCCAAUGAACAUAUUCCUACGUCAGGAGGUGGAUCGGAUGCAAAGGAUCAUCAGUGUGAUGCGCACUAGUCUGACUGACCUAAAUUUGGCCAUUGAUGGUACAAUCAUAAUGAGCGAGAACCUCCGUGAUGCCCUGGACAAUAUUUUUGAUGCCCGUGUGCCAAACCUGUGGAAGAAAAUCUCCUGGGAGUCUUCCACACUGGGCUUUUGGUUCACAGAGCUUCUGGAGAGAAACAAACAGUUCCGCAGUUGGGUGUUUGAAGGAAGACCCAAAACCUUUUGGAUGACUGGCUUCUUCAACCCCCAGGGGUUCCUAACAGCUAUGAGACAAGAAGUAACAAGGGCAAACAAAGGCUGGGCUCUGGACACUGUUACCCUGACCAACAAAGUACUGAAGCAGGCACAGGAGGAGAUCACAGCCUCACCUACAGAGGGAGUUUAUGUUUAUGGUCUGUACCUGGAUGGUGCUGGCUGGGACAGGAAGAACACUUAUCUCAUUGAGUCCUCACCCAAAGUGCUGUUCACCCCCUUGCCUGUCAUCCACAUGUUUGCCGUCAACUCCACUGCCCCCGUGGAUCCUAAGCUCUAUGUCUGCCCUGUCUACAAGAAACCAAGGCGCACAGACCUGAAUUACAUCACAGCAGUGGUGUUGCCUACCAUUCAGUCACCAGACCACUGGAUCUUGCGUGGGGUUGCCCUGCUCUGCGACAUCAAAUGAAAGAUAGCUGCAUGUCUUUAUUAUUAUGUCAUAUUGCUUAAAGGGCAAAUAAAUGUAUUUUUAAUGUCAAA